UACAGUUUUGAACAUCAGUUUUUGUAAUAUUUCUUUUCGUAUUAGAUAUAUAAUAUCAUGCAAAAACUUUGGGAUUUAUACAAUACUUUGAAAUAUCAAUAUUGUAUUAUAACAUUCAAACCAAGAUUGUUAUACAACUGAAAGAAAACUUCAAAAUAAAAAUAUAUAUCAAGCAAAGCACAUCUUUAUGUCAAAAAAAGCUGUGUUAAAAAUUAUGUAUUAGUUGUUUGCAAUUAUAGAAUUUAAUUGGGUAGAUACUCGGUGUCUGUAUCACGCAACAUCGCCAAUUUAAACAACUACUUCGGAAUGAUUCUUAAUACUACAGCAAUCAGCAAAGGGUUAAAGGUGACGAGAGUCUAAUAUUAUAUACCCUAGCUUCAUCAAUCGACCCAUCAAGUUUACGUUAGUAACCUAGCUCCAAGACGACCAACGAUUUAUUUACGUUACGAUAAAGAUUCACGUUGUAUAGUGUAUGGUAAUAAUUUUGUAGAAAAUAAUGGCAAAAGCUGCGAGUGCAACUGGUCUCAUAGAAGCACGAAUUCGACCAGUUUACCGUCCUAAACCGAAGAGGAUAGAACUUUCAGGAUCUACCAAACCAGUACCUUUUAUUCUUCGACCCUUUUCUGGUCUUUAUAAUCCUUAUCCUUAUGGCUGCUCCGUAUUGUGUAAUCAUCCUGCAGACUGCGAAGCAAAAGAAGUGCUUAGACGAGCAAAAGAUUCAUGGGCAACUGAAGGAAAAGCUUUAUUGUUACCGGAAGAAAUGGAAAUGAUCAAAGCAAAUUUGAUGACUACAAGUGGUGUCACUGGUAUAAGUGGAAAUAUUAGAAUAGAAGUUAUUAACACAGAUGAAGCCACUGUGCCUGAAGAAUUAUUUCGAAAAUAUACUGAGACAGAUUCAAGACCCUUAACUCCAGCACCUACACUUGCUAGUGGGCCUGUCUUAACCAGCAGACCAAUUGAUGAUGAAUUUCCAGUGACCUGUAAUCCAAGAGAACGUACAACAUUAGUUCUAGACCUCAGGACUAAUUCACACAAGCAGGAAAACGAUACUUUUACUUGGCAUGCUUUGACUUUAGAAUCACCACCAACCCAUAGAAAAGCUGAAAUUUUUAUAUCUAAGCCUAAACUUCGUUGUCAAUCACGUUCAUUAAACCCUCCAGCUGAUGUUUCAAAUCUAUUCGUUACUACAGACGCUUCCGAAUCGAAUUCUAGUAUCAAUGUAGUGGAAGGUCAAAUAGAAAAAGUAAGUAAGGAGCAACAACCCACAAUCAUUCGUAGAAGAGGAAAACGAUUACGUAAAGGAAAAUGCAGAAGAGGAUCAGCUUAUGGACAGCAAACCGAAGUUCGUGAUUUAUUUGAAACAACUGAAACUCAAAUAUCACAUAUAGGCGACGGUUCCAGGAGAACAUCGUUAGUGACGAUUCACUCUAAAUAUUUUUACUUUCUUAUUUUAAUUCAAGAUGUUUUUCCUUUUUUUUACAGAAUUCAUACAGCUAAUAGUGAUGCAGAAAAUUUGUCGACCUCUCCAAAGAAAGCUUCUGCAGUAACUAAUAUACCUUCUACGAUGCUUCCUAGUUUCUUAGAGCCAGAUAUUUUAAAACAUCUUUGUAGAGAAUUGGAUAGUGACAAGGUGGAAGCAGAAUUUUCAAUUAGGAGAAAACUUGCCUUCAAAGAAGCUCUACGAGUGAAAGGAGAAACUUAUUCACGUACAAGAAGAUCUCAAACAUCAAACCCUGCUCUGUCAAAUACACCAAGAGUAUUUUCUCGUCAAGUGGCUCGUUUUGAAAUUCUUGAUAGCGGUAGUCUACGUGGAUUAACGGUGAUGGAUUAUCUCAGCAAACAUGUCUUUGUUUCUUCAGGAAGGAAAUUAAUCUUUGGUAGAUUUUUCAAUAAGUAUCAAGACGAUACGACACGGGACGUUAAGAAGAUUUUACCACACAAUAUUCCAGAAGCUCUCCAAGAAGUGAUUGGAAAACCUAUGACUGAAGAGCAAGAAACACAUUUCAAAUUUCUAUUUGGUGAAAUAGAAAAACCUCUGAAUUUUAGAAGUUGGUGCGGUUUAUGUGCUGCUGUAGAACGAUUAUUCUGUCCUCUUCCUCAGAAAGAAGUUGAUUCUGCCAGUUGGCUUGAAAGAGUUGAUUUUGAAACUUUAGAACGAAGACUUGGAUCUGUUGUUAACGUGGAUCCAAAACUAGCAAUGUUUUUAAGGGAGAUUCGUGAAAAAUAAAAUACAUUAAUAUAAUAUUUAUGAAUUUAGUAACUUAGCUAUUCAGUACAAAUUAGUUACACAUAUUAAUACUAACCCUCUUUUAAAGUUACUUCUCUUCAAUCGUUAUAAAUUUUAAAAAUAAAUGUAUAUAAUACUGAUUUUUGAUAAUAGUUUGUAUGUUACGGAAACCUCAGGUGAUUAAUGUAUGUUGCUAGUAUCUCAGGAUGUUUACUGUUAACAUUAUAUUGUCAAUAAAUAUAGAUAUCAAAUUUUCAAAUUUUCUAAAGACCCAAAUUUUUAAAUUCCCAAGUCAUAAAAUUCCUACAUUUCCAA